CUUUCACUAGCUUCAGUAGAGAGAAAACGCUUCAUGGGUGAAGGUUCACCAAGGCUAAAGUAACAUGUGGCACUACGUACAUUUUAAUAUUGUUUUACUUUCUUUGUGGGUUGUUUCACAAGCUGAAGGUUAGUCUUUGAUGAUAUUCUUCAUAGCAGAUGAACGCUAACGUAAUAGACCGCAAAGUCAAAACGAACAUGUUAUAACCAACUCUGCGCUAUAGAAGUCCACUUAUACUUUAUUAUCAUUUGAACCUUCAUUACGCAGAGAAAGCACCUAACACGCUUCUAAUUUCAUUAGUUUUACUGGAUAUAUUAAUACAUUUUGGUGUGAGAACUUUUUCCCUUGACGCAGAUCCCGCAAGUUACUACCCUCUAUAUCGUUUGCAGAGCCGCGUUACUGAACGAGUUGUAUAACUUAGUGUACUUUCAAAAACCCGUAUCAAAACCUUUUGGCUACAAUGACUUUUACGCCGCGAUUGACAGAAAUUACCAAUAAGAAUAACAAACACAUAGAUUGUGUUCAGCCUAGCUUGUUUCUGAUAAUACCACAUGAAUGCGCCAGUGCGGAGAAAACACAAGAAAAUUUGGCGCGGCUUUGUCACACGUUAUCAAAUUUUUAAAAACUGAUAGCGCUGUUGUUAUCAAAGUAUAAGAAAACAUUCGGAGUUUGCCGUAUUUUUUAGUAGAGAUGUGCUGGUUGUACAGUAAAACAAACACACUAACCGAUGAUUAUAUUUAUCAAAUGAACACCUCGUUCAUGGCAAUAAUCUUUACUGACAUGAAAGAAGCUGAAUGGAUGACAUUACUUUAACAUCCUUAAAAGCAUUAUUUAUAGUUAAGGAAAUAAAUAUAGAUAUAUAUCAGGGCAACGUUUUCCGCAUUAAGAUGGAUGUUUUGGUGAAUGAGUUCUUUAUCUAAAAAGGCUAAUGCCUCAUUGUGCUCCCUGUUGGCACAAUUACAGAAAAAAGGGGAAAAUUGCACAGUUGAGCUUUUCACGAACCACGAUUCAACUAAUUCGUACAAUUGUUUGAUUCACAGCAGUCAUAAAAAAGAAAACAGUACGACUGAUGUUAGUUGAUUGCUCAUCCAACUGAUCUCACAUUGUUAGAAAUGUUCCAGAAGCGCUUAAAAAACACACGAAAAGUACAACAACACACGCAAAUGAUAAACAUGCUAUUAAACAAAAAGACUAACAAAUUAAUAAUUGAAUAAGUAAACUACUUAUUUCCCGUGAUAGACGCCAACAAGAAACAUCGAAAAGGUUGUCAGUAAUUACGUAUCCAGCAAUUAUGACGGUAAUGAACUGCAUGCAGGUGGUGGCCAAAAGAACACAGACUCGGUGCGUUGUCGGUAAAUUUGGCCUCUUGCCGCAGACUUUCUUAAGAACACUAUUGCAGGUUCAGCAGUCAGAAGGGAAAACUUAGUGAUGACAAUAUGACGACCCGCCUUCAAAAACGAAUUUUGUCGCUCAAAAAGCUCUCGACUCGUCAGCAAGUCUAGGUAUCCCAUGGUUGCGCCAUUCGUCAGUCUACCAGCAUUUUAGUGGGACUGAGGUUUAUUUUAUCAUACCAAUAGAUAGGUAACUGAAUAAAUUCAUAGAAAGGAAAAAAUAUUGAAUAAAUAGGUGCAUGUUUUAAUCAAAGCUACCUCCCUGAAAUUGACCUUUGGUUGUUCCCGAAUAUUUUCUUUUAAAGGAUCGCAUAUAAAAAUUAAUUUUUAAAUAUAUAUUUUUUCUACACAGAGAAAAUUGAGAAGAAAGCAGCGGAUGACGAUGAGAAAAGACUGUUACGUAAUCUGCUCAGCAAAUCUGAUGCGGAGAUACGACCUGUGGAAAAAAAGACCGAUACUGUGCGUGUUAAGUUUGGUAUCUCCCUACAUCAGAUCAUUGAAGUGGUUAGUUUCAAAAUAUUUCGUCAAAUAACUAUCUUUAUCUUUAAUUAACUAAUAGCUCAUUAAGACCAACCCAUUGUUUUUAACGUCUAUUGUUAACAUUUCGUUUCCUAUUGAAUGUGGUGGCAACUUUUCAGGUAAAAAGUGUGUUUAAAAUGGAUACUAGAAAAACAAACAAACAACGAGAACUAGCAAAUGAUGAAUUCAUGUUGUUGUCUACAGAGACGUUUCUAGUCCACUUAUUUGUUUUAAAGCUUGGUAACCGUGGUCUGGCUAUUCUAAAAAAUACCUUAACUUAGUGUAUUGCCUUUUCUUAUUAUCAGCCUUAAUUACGUAAUCCUAGAGUGGCUCUUUUGAACAAUUCGAGUGUUCUUUUGUGAAAGGCUACCCAAAAGAUAAAAUCCCGUGUGAUGGAAUGGUCAUUUUUUUUGCUGUUCACAUAAGAGUCGAGAAAUAGUGAUUUAAUAGUGAUCUGGAAAUGACUUUGAUCAAAAGUGAAAUCUGUAAGUAUUUUAGAGUUUGUUUGAAUUUUAAUGGCGGAAUCAAACAAUUGAAAUCUAUUUAAAGACUGUUUAAUUUUGUGUACGAGAGACUAUUCCAACAAUGCGAUCGAGUAAAGUGCAUGAUUGCGGAAAAUAAAUUCAGUGCUCAGUUUCAGAAAGAGAAAAGAAAGCGUAAUUGGGAAGCAAAGACGAGCGAUACCAACAGAUGGGAUUUUUUUUAUUCGUGAUUAUUAUGCUAAAAAUUUGUUAAAUAAAGGCCUCUUGCUCAAAUUAUCGAGAUCAUAAAUCUUAAUCCUCCCAAAUAUUCCGUAAACUUCAAACUUUUUCAUGCUAAGUUUAGGAGUUCUUUUUAUCACCCUGAAUCAAUAAUUUCCUGUCUUAAUACAGGAUCUGCAUCAUGUUUCUGCUUAUCAGGCUGUACAGUAUGCGGGUCAUGUCUUAGUAAUUAAUUAAUCACAGUUGCCAUCCAUUAUGAUGGUGGACUCAUAGUGGACGCGGCUCAGGUCUAUUGAACAGCAUCUCAAACAUAACAUCUGAAGUAGACUGUUUGACUUUUCAGGACUUUAAGAAUCAAAUUGUGAAGAGUAGCGUUUGGAUUCGACAGGUACUAGGGGUAGUAGUAAUUCAUUCUUGAUUAGUGUUUUUUAAUGAUGUUCUCAUUUUGGAUGCAUUUUUCUCAAGCCUUUUGAAAACCAACUAUCUCCUUAGUCAGAGUUAAGGACUGUCAUACUGCCUGCUACCUUUUGCAUAAUUUGUUUUCAUGCAUCUCAUUUUAUUGCUGAAAGCUUCUUCCGAUAUUUUUCAUUUACUGCCUGUACAAUAAGAAUUAAGUAAUAUAAAAAGUGCCUUUUAAUCUUAAAUAAAAAUAUUCACAUUGCAGCUUAAUCCAUAGAAAUAAACUAUUUACUUCACAGUCAUGGCACAAUCCGUUUUUAAAGUGGAACAGUUCCGAAUUUGGUGGAAUAACAGCAGUCAACGUUCAUGAGAGCAAAAUGUGGAAACCUGAUAUUUUUUUGUAUAAUAAGUAAGUAAAAUUUCUUUGGCUUUUUGGUUAACUUACUCUUUCCAGGAACUGAAAUAUAACUAGGGUUAUAGUGUACGGGUUGUGUUUUUCAUUUUUCCAAUCAGUUUCGUCCAGUGCUAUUUGAUAACUGAAUAAAAUCCUUUCUGAUUAAAGUUAUUUCAAGUGAACAGCAUAUAUCGAUACAACAAUUACCUAACGGCGGAGCUUAUGGAAAUUUAGGGGUCUGGGAAGAUCAAAUUCUGUCCGUGAUUGAUGCCAAUUUGUACUCCUAGGAUAAACACUUCACUUAUUUCCACCGAGACCAAGUAUCUUUAAUACACCUGUAUUUCAUUUUAUUAAGUGUUGUCAGUGCUGCGUGCAGCAGUGUUAUAUGGGUAGUUUAAGAAAUAAGAAGAGCUCUUUACAGUGGGCAAACUGUCCAAUUCCCUAGAAGAUGUGCCUUCAAGGCACAGCCGUCAUGAAUAUAAGGUUCAGAACAAGCUCUGUUUCAAAUACCUCCUUUGAGAUAUUGACUAUUUUACAAUAAGGAACAUCAAUUAGCCUGUGUACAGACUCCCCCUCCCCUCAGAAAAAAUAGGGAAGAGAGACGUCUGUGAAUCGCCGAGAACCUACGCACGAGUUGUUGACGUAUCAUAAAUAGGACGAGAGCGCGAAGUAACGAGUGCGUUAAUAUCGUACAAAGUAUAUUCCAUGUGGCAUUGCGCUUAUCAUUUCGCUCGUCUUUUGUUUCAAAUGCUUAGUGGAUUUUUCUUGUUAAAUGUCUGCGAUGCAACUCGCAAAGCGAAGGCGCUGCAAGCUGCAAGUGCCUUCAAAAGGCGGAAAUUUUGGCGCGAAACUCACACACCGCUGUGGCUUUUUAUUGGACGUAUCAUUUUUCUUACACGUGAAAAAACAUCGUUUGCUCCUUUGAUUGGCUAGAACUCAUUUGCGUAUGAAAAUUUGCGACGUAGCUUAUCAGUUAGUAUUUCCCAGUAUGAAUAUAAUAAAUCCAGUUUCCCGUCGAAUUUUGUGCUUAGGAUUCUUAGUUUUGCCUGCACUACAGAUUUGUCUUAAACGCAGGCUGUGUUAAAAUGAUGAUUUUUUUGGUCUUAGUGUGGAUGAUUCUGAUGAUGGAGCCUUGGAUCGUUUCAAAACAAAAAUUGUUGUACAGUCGACUGGAAUGAUCAUGUGGAUGGCACCCAAGAUUGUCUCAAGCUCUUGCAAAUUUGACGUCACAUAUUUCCCUUUUGACAGGCAGGUAAAUAAACAAGGUAUUCACUUCUGCUGGUGGUAAUAGUCAAGACCGAGUUAUAGAAUAUUUAGCUCAUUUUAUUUCAGAAUAACCUCUACAACUUAGAUCAUCGCAAAUAUUUAUUACACAAAUACCGGUUCAUAUUUCUACACUUUAUGGCUUGAAUCAGUUUGCCAACUAUUGAUCGAAACCAGAAGAAAAUAUCUGUUAUUAGUAAAAUCCAACUAGUGGUCUAUUAUCAAUGCUGCGUUCUGAUUGGUUGAGCUACUACUAGGCUACAUGUUAUAGCCCCCCCUAGUAGCGAAAUGCGAGGGCUUUUUGGCGGCAAAAAAGGAUUAAAGUCUAGCUUUAACUAGCCAGAAUUUUUUUAUUUUCGAUAUUUUUGACCAACUAGUUGGAUUUUACUACAACAAUUAUUCCUCUGGCCCUCAUGGCCUCUGAGUCAAUAGCCCAUUCGGCCUUCGGCCUCAUGGGCUUUUGACUCAGAGCCCAUUCGGGCUUGAGGAAUAAUUGUUAAUUAUACAUCUGAAAGUGCUGCCGCAGUUGUGUGGCACGAAACCACAUAGUAAUAGAAUACCAAUUCAAAUUUUUCGUUGAUCAGUCCUCAUUGUCUUAUGCUAUUUUUCUGUUUGCUGGGUAGGUGUGCAAGAUGAAAUUUGGCUCAUGGACGUACGAUGGCUUAAGACUUGAUCUUGUCCCAGAGGGGCACCCAAAAGAGUGUACUGGAGAUAUUAAGAAAUUCAUUCGGCAUGGAGAGUGGGACCUCAAUAGUAUGCCUUGCAAACGAAACCAGCAGUUUUAUGCAUGCUGCCCUGAACCUUAUCCUGAUAUAACGUACACAAUGGAUUUACGGCGCCGUCAUAUGUUUUACUUUGUCAAUUUGAUUGCUCCAUGCUUCCUAAUAUCAGGUAUGUUGUCCUUUCAUUUACUGCUCCGCGUGUUUUAUUCUUAAGCCUGAGUGAUUUCUCGUCCCCAUGUCCCCUUUCUCCCUGCUCUACGUCCUGGAAGCCUAGUGAGAAUGAUCCUUAAAGACCUCGCGCUUCGUGCUUCGUGCAACGCCUGUUACGCGGCAGGUAGGUUUUGUUAAAGAUUAAGAGGCAUUGAGCCCCUGUUAAAGAAGUUACCGGUACCGGUCAUUCUCCCUUGGAACAGCUUUUUAGGAUUGCAACAUGUGAAAGGAAAGAAGUCUUUUGGAAUAAGUACGUUCCAUGUUGAUCAUGAUUUCUUUUUGAAUUCCUCUAGGUUAGCUGGGAAAGUUUCAAACAGGGCCACCAGUUCAUCAGUGUUUAAUGUCAAGUGUUACCCUCAUUAAAUAAAGCUGCUACCUACCUACCUAUCGCAGCUUUCUGGAUCAGCCAUUGCUUAUCAGAUCAAAGCGGAACAUUCAUAGGGAUCAAUUAAUCCAGCGUCCCACAAAAUUGACUUUUACUAUUCAUUUUAAUUUGUUCAUUUACAACUACAGCCGUCUUUAAAUGUUUAUGUCCUCAGUGAAAACCAUACCUUUCAUUAUAGCUGUAGCUUCUUAGAGCCAAGGUUCGCACUAUUAUAUUACUAUACUGUUUAGACUGUUUUUUCUUCAGUAGUCUCUGGUCCAUCAUUAUUUUGAACUUUAUGCUAGACAGUUUUCAAAAACAAAUGGUCACUUUUGAAAUAACUGUUGCUCAGCAUGCGAAACUCCACCAUAAAAUACCAUGCUUUAGUAUGUUUACCUCCAUUGGUUAUGGUUUGGUUUUGACUUGUUUUCUUCUGUUUCCACAGCCUUAACGCUUUUGUCGUUUUAUUUACCUCCUGAAUCCGGUGAGCGUCUGACGCUUGUCAUAACAAAUUUGCUGGCUUUGACUGUGUUCAUGUUACUUGUUGUGGAAAUCAUUCCGGCUACUUCAGAGACCGUUCCUCUCAUUUCCGUCUACUUCUACGGAAGUGUGUUUGAGGUCAGUAAAACAUCUUUCAUUUUCAGAAAUUAUUCUUUCUCAGUGAGACAGCCUUGCGUGGCAGCAAAAUGCAGCGUAUUUGAAAGUUUAUCUUUAGGUUCAUUUGUAUUUGUUCCGGAAUGCAGAAGAAAAUGGUUAAUGUUUAAAUGUUUGAUUGCACAUGUGACAUAAGACCUUUGUAUUCUUGUUAGGUGGCCCUGGCGCUGGUUGCAACUUGCCUAGUUUUGAGAUGCUAUUUCAACAAUCCUUCCCACACGCCUGUUCCAAACUGGGUUCGUCACGUAGUCCUUGGCUGGAUGGCUCGUCUUACUAGAGUACCGGUGAAGAAAAUCCUUCAUGGUAUUGAUGCAAAGGAACCCUCUCAGCCAAAACUGCCCGAAACAGAUGAAAAUGACAACAUAGAUCCGGAAACUGCCGUCCACAAGAAAAUUCCCAACAUUUCACGACUGCAGUCAUCUUCGCACAGUCAUUUCAAGAAUUCUGAAUCAAGUUUAUCAGGAGAUCUUCAUCCACAUUUGAAUCUUCUACGGGUCAAAGCAGCCGCUAACAAUCGCCACAGCAUGCCCCCAAUUUUCGAUAAUCUGGGUGGUGCCUUUCGAGAUGGUAUCCCUAAUCACUUCCGCAUGCCAAGCCGAUUACAGAGCCGUACCGCUAGUCGCGCAAACUCCAGAAACAACUUAUUGGAUAAUGAAUCCCAACCUCUAUUCACCAACUUACACGGCAAAUCAGCAGACGACGUUACAGAUGCUGAUCCUACAAAAAGGACUUUGCUGGAAACCCAGAGUUCUCUUUCUAAGGAUGUGGGAGAGAUUGUCCGAUAUAUUCGUGAGCAAGAGAGAGGAGAUCUCAUGAAAGAGGAAUGGCAGCUUGUUGCUGCUAUUAUAGACAAAUUUUUUCUUUGGCUGUUUUUCUUCAUAUUAUGCCUCUCCACUGUGGUUAUUUUCAUGCAGGCUCCGAGUUAUGCAUGGGAAUGACCUCCCGAAAAAGACCGACAAUUUAUUUACUGAUAACAUACAGAAACGUAUCAUUAUGAACAUGCUCACAGGUAUACAUAAUGUACCUGUUGAACUUUGUAAUUGAAAAGAAACGAAGAAGAAUAUUUAUUAGAUAAUUACCCACCGUCAUAUUAGUAUAGAUGUAAAAAGAAAUGGGUUAGGGUUAGGGUUCAGUACGCCAUCUCAACAUAGUAGCUGCUGUCACAUACAGUAACAGGAUUCUUGUUUCUUUCCCAAAUUUUUCUCCAAUGUACUGUGAACAAUACAUAGUUGUUUGCGAAGAUCCUUUUGCUUCCAUAGAGUUUUUGUUUCUGGGCAACUGGCGUAUACCCUAACGAUAUGAUGAAAUUAAAGCCACCCGCGAUUUUACCUCCCUAAGCGAUCCACACGCGAUGCGAAUUCCGAUAAAUUUAUAUACCUCCCUUUGCGAGGGAAUAGCAUUUAUAUUUUUUUUUCAAUAGGCCUCCAGAUUUAUUUGAAGGAUAUAGUUUUUUUUUAUGCGAUUGCGCGAGGUCGAUUACGCCAGCUCAGGUCUAAUUGUACUUAAGCUUGGUGAUGUUGGCAGAAUUUGUAGAGUUUAUUGACAAAGAAAUAUUGUACAGGAACGUAUAUUUGCGACAUAACAGUUCUUCUAACUAAAUAACUAGUGCCCCCUGUGAAAUUCAUUUGUUAAUCAGACGACGAUCGAAUAGUAUCGAAUAGUAGUCUGUUUGUUGAUAGUGGUUUAAAUUAUGCAG